UUGUCAAAUACACGUGUUUUAUUUUACUUAAAAUUUAUAUAGAAAUUAAUAGAAAUAAGCAAAGACAAUACAAAGUUUAAGUUUAAUAGCAGUUAGAAUGCAGAGCAAUAUUUAUAUUAGACGACGGUGAAAAAUAUUAACGUACAUAAAAAUGCCACCUUUUCGUAUUGGUUUUUUAAAGAGAAAGGUUAAUCCUGAUGAACCUAGAAAUGACACCACUGAGGAAGAAAUAACAGAUAUUAAAAGUGAUGAAGAAUUAAUAAAGGGUGAUUUGGAUGGUGGAAGUGAUGCAGCAGAUUCUGAUUGUGAAGAAGAACCUGUUGAAUCUGAUGUUGAGAGAGAUGCCGUGUUGUUCGAUGACAGUGCAGACUCAGUCCUCGGAGAAAACGAUGAUGCAGAAGACACAGAUGAGUCAGAUGGCACGGAGUUGAGUAGUUCAGAGGCAGAGAACAGUGAUGAGAAUAAUUCAGAAGCAAGUGAAAGCGAGAAUAGCAAGGAUAGCGGUGCGGAGUCCGGGACUAGCAAUGUGCAGAGCUUGCCUAACACAAGUGGCCAGUCCACACAGAGGAGCAACAGGAGAUUAUCACAGAGAAAGGCGACGGUAAAAGAGAAAGUCGGCGCCGCUGAGCGAGCUGCUGAGAGCAAACAAACACGGGACCAAAUAGACGUGUUGAGUGAGAGAAUAAGUGCAGCAAAUGUUUCCACACAGCCCGUGCAACAGAGAGAUGAGUACGAGUCUGGUGACACGUCAGAUGAAGAGGACAGAGUGAACACAGCGGGGGAUGUGCCCAUGUGGUGGUACAAUGAGUACCCUCACGUGGGCUACGACCUGGACGGACGACGGAUAGGCAAGCCUCCGCAACGCGAUCAGAUUGAUGAGUUUCUCAGAAAAUGUGAGGAUCCCGAGUUCUGGCGCACCGUGAAGGACCCAAAUACCGGACAGGACAUCGUGCUGUCCAAGGACGAUCUCAAGCUGAUAGAGAGACUGCGAACCAGCCAAAUACCCUCCGAGUCACAUGAUGAAUAUGAGCCGUGGGUGGAGUGGUUCUCCAGCCAAGUGCUCGCUACUCCGGUGCGCGCAUUCCCCGAGCACAAGCGCUCGUUCCUGCCGUCGCGCGGGGAGCAGCUUCAGGUGGCGCGAAUCGUGCACGCGCUCAAGAUGGGCUGGACCAAGACGAGACGACAGCGCGCGCGCGACCGUCGCCGGGAUAAGGUGAAGAAGUUCUACGACCUGUGGGGUUCCGGCGAGGUCGAGGCCGAGGGUGGCUCCGGGCCCCGUGCGCGACCAGUGCCUGCUCCUCGGAGGCCGCCGCCCACUCACGCCGAGAGCUACAACCCUCCACCCGAGUACCUGCUCGAUAACAAAGAGAUGAAAGAGUGGGAAAAACUGAGCGAGACCCCAUGGAAGCGUAAGUACACGUUCCUGCCGACGAGGCACGCAGCGCUGCGGGAGGUUCCUGCCUACCCGCGCUACGUGCGUGAACGGUUCCUGCGAUGCCUCGACCUGUAUCUGGCGCCGCGUGCUAUCAAGAUGCGGCUGACAAUUAACGCGGAGGACCUGGUUCCGAAGCUGCCGUCUCCGCGCGAUCUGCAACCCUUCCCCACGAGCGAGUCGCUGCAGCUACGCGGCCACACCGGUCUUGUGCGCUCAGUAGACUUCGACCCCAGUGGCCAGUAUAUCGUUAGCGGCGGAGAUGACGAAACCGUGCGAGUGUGGGAGACCAGCACAGGGCGGUGCCUGCGUACCGUGGAUGUGUGUGGACCAGUGGCUCGCGUGCUGUGGACGCCGGCGAGUGGACUCAGCCUGGUGGCAGCUGCCGUGGGUGAUGAGCUGCUAUUCCUGAACCCUGGCGCGGGUGUGGGCGCCCACCGCGUGGCCGAGAGGACCGACGAACUUCUGGAGCGUGCGCCACCCCAACACGACGUCGUCAUGGAUGAGCGCACACGCGCUUGCGUCACGUGGCACGAGGUGGCAGCGGACGGUGAGCGAUGGGCUCGCGGAGUACGGAUCGUCAUCUCACACUUCAAGCAGCUCGUACACCUGAGCUGGCACGCGAAGGGCGACUACGUGGCGGCCACGGUGCGCGAGGGCGGGGCCCGCUCCGUGGUGGUGCACCAGGUGUCGCGGCGCCGCUCGCAGCUGCCGUUCAGACGCGCGGCCGGCCUGGUGCAGGCGGCCAUCUUCCACCCGCAGCGGGCCCAGCUGUUCGUGGCCACGCAGCGCGCCGUGCGAGUGUACGACCUGCUCAAGCAGGAACUGGUCCGCAAGCUGCGCACGGGCGCGCAGUGGGUGAGCUCGCUGGCCGUCCACCCCCGAGGCGACCACCUGCUGGUGGGCUCGUACGACCGCAAGCUGGUGUGGUUCGACCUGGAGCUGUCGGGGCGGCCGUACCAGACGCUGCGCCUGCACGGCUCGGCCGUGCGCUCGGUCGUGUUCCACCGGCGGUACCCGCUGUUCGCGAGCGGCGGCGACGACCGCGAUAUCGUCGUCUCGCACGGCAUGGUUUACAACGACCUGCUCCAGAACCCGCUGCUGGUGCCACUGAAGCAGCUGCGGGCAGGCGAGCCCCGCGACCAGCUCCGAGUGCUGGACCUGCGGUUCCACCCCACGCAGCCCUGGCUGCUGGCCGCCUGUGCGGACUCCACGCUGCGCCUCUACACAUAGGCGACAACACUGACAACAAUAAAAUAUCUUGGACGAAACUAA